AUGAAGAGGAAGCCUCGCAGACCAGCUGGCUUCAAAUACAUCGCACAGCUUGAAGAAAGGCUCUCAGCGCUAGAGAACAUGAAUUUUCAAGGAGAAAAGUCUACUAUGUCAGGCAAAGAUUUGCGCGAAGAGACAACGAAUCCCGCAGUAUCACCCAAAAUAGCGGCACUGAUCACACUCACGAAAGAAAGUAAUUCAUGGACCCCGAUGGAUGAGUCACAUGUUCCGCCACCAGAACAUACGGGUAGUCCAGGAGUCGAUCUCGACGUUGCAUUGUGCGCACACGACCACGACCAACUCGAUUUUUCAGCGGUCCGUGGUUUUGUAAUUGACCCUAUAGCUGGCAGCCCAUGGCCUUAUCUUUCCUCAGGGUCACGACCAGUCUCCCUACAAGGGCGCGGGCAGCUUCCCAUAAAGGCAGUCGCCAUGGAGCUGGUCAAGGAAACCUUCAACAACUAUAACAGGUUUCUUCCGCUUUUCAACGAAGAUGACUUCUUAAGAGAGUUCCACCUCAAGUACUCGACCUCUAACCCCGAAGAUGCCAGUUGGUGGGCGUGUCUCAAUGUAGUGUUGUCGAUAGCUCAUCGCCUCCGUGGCCUGCGCACACUAGACCCAACGCAUAAGAACAAUCUAGCUAAUAUUUAUACGAAAAAUGCCCUUGGCCUAAUGCGCGGCGCGGCCGAAGGUCGCGCGGUAGCCAAAGCUAAUUAG